AUGGAGAGUGAGUUGUUAGGUAUAGAAGGGGAGGAAGCUGGCAGGUUUGUGGAUCCUACUGUUGCAGAUCCUACAGUGACUGCACCUUUGAAGAGAAGAAGACCACAGGUGAAAUUGACUGCGGAGAGAUUGAUUGGUGAGAAAGGAUUACCAUAUGUGAUGAAGAAUGCUCCUAAAAGGGUACGAAUCUCUAAGAGACGUAAUGCGCAUGAUAAUCUAUCGCAUAUAGUCCAAUUCUAUCAGCUAUGGGCCCACGAAUUGUUUCCAAAGGCUAGGUUUAACGAUUUUAUAAAGCUGUGUCAAUCCCUGGGGAAGAAUGAUAAGCUUUUGCGUGAGUAUAGGAAGAAUUUGUAUCGUGAAGAGCUACUGGGUGGGUCAGAGAGGCAGGAAGAGACUAUUUUACAGGAUACUGUGGCUGAAGAACAUUUGCAGAGACAAGAGAGUAUUCCUCAGGACAUAGCGACACAAGCACCUCAAGAGGCCCAGCGGGAACUUGAAGAGCUUGAAGACGACAUUUAUACUGUCUCUACGCGAGCCAAUGCGGCUGAACUGGAUACUCAGCAACCGAUUGAGGACGAGUCCCUCGUGGAAGAGUUUGAAGAGGAUCAGGACGCAAUGGAGGCUAUGAAGGAAUUCGGGUUUUGA